UGUAAAAUUUAUAAAUGCACCUUGGAGCUUAUUUCUCGCUCUCUUUUUCUCUCUGUUUUGCCGCAUCUCUCUCUGCCGUGCUUGAUCCGCCGCCCAACGCCUCGACAAAGCAGAGCUUUGCAUCCCUGGGCCUCUUAUACUGCCGAUCUCUCUCAUCUUAUUAUAGGUACAUCAAAUCAAUUGUGUUUGGAUCGAUUCGAGAUUUUGUUAUUUCGAUAGAUCCAAAGCGUAGGGACUCUCUCCUUCCGAUCUGGUCAAGCUGUUGAGAGAUGGCAUCAUCAACAUCCGGAAACACAGGUUGGUACAGAGGAAAAGUGAAAGCUGUUCCUUCGGGAGACAGCGUGGUUAUUAUGGCCAUGACCGCGAGCAGGCCUGGACUCCCACCUGAGAAGACCCUUACUUUGUCAUCUCUUAUUGCUCCAAGACUGGCCCGUAGAGGUGGUGUUGAUGAGCCAUUUGCCUGGGACAGUAGAGAGUUUUUGCGGAAGCUCAUUAUAGGAAAGGAGGUUGCAUUCAGAGUAGAUUACACUGUACCAUCCAUAGGGCGAGAAUUUGGCUCUGUUUUCCUUGGUGACAAAAAUGUUGCUUUGCUGGUGGUUUCUGAAGGCUGGGCAAAGGUCAGGGAGCAGGGUCAGCAGAAAGGAGAAGCAAGCCCUUUCCUGACAGAGCUGCGAAAUCUGGAAGAUCAAGCUAAGCAACAAGGUCUUGGCCGAUGGAGCAAGGUUCCAGGUGCUGCUGAGGCAUCCAUCAGGAAUCUACCACCAUCUGCUAUUGGUGAUCCUAGCAACUUGGAUGCUAUGGGAUUGUUAGCUACAAACAAGGGCAGGCCCAUGCAAGGUAUUGUUGAGCAGGUUCGUGAUGGUAGUACAGUUCGGGUCUAUCUGCUUCCAGAGUUUCAGUUUGUCCAAGUGUUUGUUGCGGGGAUUCAGGCUCCAUCCAUGGGAAGAAGAGCCGUAACUGAAAGUGCUGGUGAAACAGAGGUCAACACUGAAGAACGCAGUGGAGAUGUCUUGGCUGAAUCUCGAGCCCCUCUAACAUCUGCACAGAGGCUUGCAGUCUCAGCAGCAUCAUCUGCUGAAGUUGCUCCUGAUCCAUUUGGUGUUGAAGCCAAAUAUUUUACUGAGCUUCGUGUUUUGAAUAGAGAUGUUCGCAUUGUCUUGGAAGGUGUUGACAAAUUCAGCAAUUUGAUUGGAUCAGUGUACUACCCUGAUGGUGACUUAGCAAAAGACUUGGCACUGGAGCUUGUUGAAAACGGUUUAGCUAAGUUUGUUGAAUGGAGUGCAAAUAUGAUGGAGGAGGAUGCCAAGCGAAGGCUGAAGGCCGCAGAGCUUCAAGCCAAGAAAAGCAGGUUGAAGUUCUGGACAAACUAUGUACCUCCAGCUACAAAUUCAAAGGCAAUCCAUGACCAGAAUUUUACAGGAAAGGUUGUGGAGGUUGUAAGUGGGGACUGCAUUAUCGUGGCUGAUGAUUCUGUCCCUUAUGGCAGUCCGUUAGCAGAGCGGCGAGUCAAUCUGUCAAGCAUUAGGUGUCCAAAAAUGGGUAAUCCUCGCAGAGAUGAAAAGCCAGCUCCCUAUGCACGUGAAGCAAGGGACUUUUUAAGGACACGACUUAUUGGCCGACAAGUGAAUGUUCAAAUGGAAUAUUCUAGGAAAGUGAGCACGGCAGAUGGAUCUGCAGCUGCAACUGGGACUGCAGAUUCCAGAGUAAUGGAUUUUGGAUCGGUUUUCCUAUUAUCUCCUAUUAAGGUUGAGGGGGAUGAUACCCCAUCACCUGCUCCACCCACUUCCGUUAGCCAGCCUGGUGUGAAUAUUGCUGAGCUUGUGGUUGCACGUGGCUUUGGCACUGUUAUUAGACAUCGGGAUUUUGAGGAGAGAUCAAACUAUUAUGAUGCCCUUCUUGCUGCUGAAUCUCGUUCCAUUGUUGGGAAGAAAGGUAUCCAUUCAGCCAAGGAUCCUCCAGUGAUGCAUGUAACAGACCUGCUUAUGGCAUCAGUCAAGAAAGCUAGAGAUUUUUUGCCAUUUCUGCAAAGGAGUAGGAGAAUUCCUGCUGUUGUAGAAUAUGUCCUCAGUGGUCAUCGAUUUAAGUUGUUGAUUCCCAAGGAAACAUGUAGCAUUGCCUUCUCAUUCUCCGGUGUCAGAUGUCCUGGCCGUGAUGAGCCCUAUUCAGAGGAAGCUAUUGCACUAAUGAGAAGAAAGAUAAUGCAAAGGGAUGUUGAGAUUGAAGUCGAAACUGUUGAUAGAACUGGAACUUUCUUGGGAUCCAUGUGGGAAUUAAAGACAAAUCUAGCAGUUCCGCUCCUUGAAGCUGGCUUGGCAAAACUUCAAACAUCCUUUGGCAGUGACAGGAUCCCUGACAUUCACCUUCUUGACCAAGCUGAGAAAUCUGCGAAAAGACAAAAGCUUAAAAUUUGGGAGAAUUACGUUGAAGGGGAAGAAAUGUCUAAUGGUGCAGCUGUUGAAAGCAAACAGAAAGAAGUGCUAAAGGUGGUGGUUACGGAAGUCUUGGGUGGUGGUAAAUUUUAUGUCCAGACAGUUGGUGAUCAGAAAGUUGCCUCAAUUCAACAACAACUCGCUUCUUUAAAUCUUCAAGAAGCUCCAGUGAUUGGUGCUUUUAAUCCUAAAAAGGGUGACAUGGUCCUUGCUCAGUUUAGUGGUGACAAUUCCUGGAACAGAGCAAUGAUUGUCAGUGCACCUCGAGGUUCCGUGGAAUCCCCAAAAGACAAGUUUGAAGUUUUCUAUGUUGAUUAUGGGAAUCAAGAGUUUGUUGCAUACAGUCAGUUACGGCCUCUUGAUACUUCCGUAUCUUCUGCGCCUGGUCUUGCUCAACUAUGUAGCCUAGCAUACAUGAAGGUUCCAAGCGUGGAGGAGGAUUUUGGUCAAGAAGCAGCUUUGUAUCUGAGUGAGCAUACAUUGAACAGUUCAAAAGAGUUCAGGGCCAUGGUUGAGGAAAGGGACACUUCAGGAGGAAAAGUCAAAGGACAGGGAACUGGAACAACUCUUAUUGUAACUCUUGUGGCUGUGGAUGCCGAGAUCAGUAUAAACGCUGCCAUGCUUCAGGAAGGACUUGCUAGACUAGAAAAGAGAAAGAAAUGGGAGAACAACGAAAGACAAUUGGCCCUUGACAAUUUGGAGAAGUUCCAGGAAGAAGCACGGUCUGCUAGGCGGGGUAUGUGGCAAUAUGGAGAUAUACAAUCAGAUGAUGAGGAUGCAGUGCCUGCUGUUAGAAAGGCUGGUGGCCGGCGAUGAAUUUGAUAUUAAUGUGAGGUCAUUUACAAGAACUAGCAACUCAAGCACAUCCUAAGAUGAGUCUAAUUAGCCAUGGUUGGCUGCUUUUAUGCAUACGAGCAAACAGAAUUGAUAACGGAAACUCGCUUUAAAUUAAAGUUUUGUUUGUGUUUCUUUUUUAAUUUAUUAUAGGUGGGGACGAUUUUUUUUUAUGCGUCUUAAUAAGGUGAGUGUUAUCGAGGUU